CACUCAAAACACAUCAAAGUCAUAAAGAAAUCUUCACUUGAUAACAUACUAAAAAACACUCUUUAUUCAAAACUUUCAAGAGCUAGCUUCUUUUUUUCUCAUCUCAAAUCACUCAAAGAAUCCUCAUUUCUAAGUUCCAAAAAUGGCUCCUAAUGUUGUUGGUCUAGCAACCAAGGCUACUGGUUUGGCUAAGGCGGCAAGUUUGUCAAGCCGUGCCUAUGUGACGUUCUUGGCAGGUAACGGUGACUACGUGAAAGGCGUGGUCGGUUUGGCUAAAGGAUUGAGAAAGGCAAAAUCUGCUUAUCCGCUUGUUGUGGCUAUUUUGCCUGAUGUCCCAGAGGAACAUCGACGUAUACUCAUAAACCAAGGUUGUAUAGUCCGAGAGAUCGAGCCAGUUUAUCCUCCAGAGAACCAAACUCAGUUUGCUAUGGCUUAUUAUGUCAUCAACUACUCCAAACUCCGUAUUUGGGAGUUUGUGGAGUAUAGCAAGAUGAUAUACUUGGAUGGAGAUAUCCAGGUGUUUGAUAACAUAGACCACCUCUUUGACUUGCCAGAUGGCUAUUUCUAUGGGGUGAUGGAUUGUUUCUGUGAGAAAACUUGGAGUCACACCCCACAGUACAAGGUUGGGUACUGCCAACAGUGCCCAGAUGAGGUCCAGUGGACUGAAGAUUUGGGUCCCAAGCCACCACUUUAUUUUAAUGCUGGCAUGUUUGUCUUUGAGCCAAGUCUAUCCACUUACGAUGAUCUCCUGACCACCCUCAAAGUUACCCCUCCUACUCCUUUUGCCGAGCAGGAUUUGUUGAACAUGUUCUUCAGAGAUGUAUACAAGCCAAUUCCAAACAAUUACAACUUGGUGUUAGCUAUGUUGUGGCGUCACCCAGAGAAUGUGGAACUUGAGAAGGUGAAAGUUGUUCACUAUUGUGCGGCGGGGUCAAAGCCGUGGAGGUACACUGGCGAGGAAGAGAACAUGGACAGAGAAGACAUUAAGAUGCUGGUGAAGAAAUGGUGGGAUAUAUACAAUGAUGAGUCAUUGGAUUACAAGAAUGCUAAUGUUACUGCAGUGGAUGCUGAAGCUGACAAAUUUAAGGCAGCGCUUACUAAGGCGGGUGUUGUGCACUAUAUAACUGCCCCAUCGGCCGCUUAGUAUAUUGCUUUGAAGUUGUCUUAGUCUUUUUUGUUUGUUUAUUAAACUUUGGGUAUUUCACAGGGUCGAAAGAAAGUUAUAGAGAUAUAUAUUAUAAGGGUCGGGGGUUUACAGACUGCUUUUCUUCGCCUGCAACAGACAAAGGUUGUCUGCAGAAUAGGAGAACUGGGAAUUUUGUGAAGUUCUUCUACAACUUGCGGGUUUUGAGUGUCUUUUUUAUUCUUCUUUUGUUUUCGUCGAUGUUGGAAAAGUACAUAAAUGAAAUACGUAUUUACUUUAAUACUUA